UUUAAAAGUCAGACUACUUUUUUUCGCUCCUCUCAAAUUAAGCAAAAUUUCCUAUGACUCGUGCCAAUGAGGAUUCAAGUGAAACAUUAAAAAAAAAAAUCAACGCAAAUCCCAAAGCUAAUAAAACGCUAUUAUAGAGUACUAUCAUACACACGUGCGAGUACGCCUUUGGAGCAGAAGUAUAUGGAAAUGAAGUACUUUAAGCUGAACUAUAAAUGUUAAUUAUAUUAGCGCUUCUCGAGAAGCGCAUAAAAUACGAAAUGAAUUCCUGAAAUCGUAAUUAAUCCUUUAAGGGAUAAAUAGUUGCAGUUCCCGAAGGCGAAAGAAAGCGGUGCCUCGGAUUCCAAGUUGGUAAUUAUUGUUUAUUAGGAAAAUUGGCCAAACAUUUUGCAUUCGACUUGAGGGCCAAUCGGGAUCGAUCUCUCGAUAGGCAUGGCUUCGUAGACAAGGUUUGAUAAGGGAGAGAAAAAAACCUAACGAGCCGGAGAGAAAUAAAGCGAAAAAUCGAACUAAAUUGUCGAGCUCGUAAGUCGUUUUCGGCAGCAUGAAGUUGUACCUAAUGAUGUUUCGGGACAAAUAAGGAGAAAGUAGGAGAGAGUUUCCUAUUCGAGGUUUAAUGUUCGUGAGUGUUUCGUACUUGUCGGCAUUUCUUCGUGGCACGUCGAGGUGUCGGGACCUCUCGCUCGGAUUUUCGAUCGCCGGCAAGAAACGUGGAACUCUGUUAAUCAUUUCGGGAGAUCGAGAGAAGAAUCGAAAAUUUAGAAAAAUGGAUGUGAACGAGUUUAAGGACUUCGGUAAGGCGGCGAUUGACUUUAUCGGCGAUUACACGGAAAAUCUGAGGGACAGAAAAGUCCUGCCAAGUGUGGAACCAGGAUACUUGAGCAAACUGAUACCGGAAGAUGCUCCUCGGAAACCGGAAUCCUGGCAGGAGGUCUUCAAGGAUCUCGAGAGAGUGAUCAUGCCCGGAAUAACCCACUGGAACUCGCCUCGAUUCCACGCCUACUAUCCCACGGGGAACUCCUACCCCGGGAUCGUAGGGGAGAUGCUCAGCGCUGGAAUCGGCUGUCUCGGGUUCUCCUGGAUAACUUCCCCGGCCUGCACGGAACUCGAGGUCGUCACGAUGAACUGGCUCGGGAAAAUGCUGGAACUUCCGGAAGUCUUUCUGAAUUGCGGCGAAGGUCCCGGUGGCGGAGUCAUACAGGGAUCUGCAAGUGAGUCUACAUACGUCGGAUUAUUGGCCGCCAAGGAGAAAACAACGAGGCGUAUAAAAGAAUUGCAUCCAGAAUGGGACGAAGGAUAUAUCAAGUCUAAAUUGGUCGCAUAUACUUCAGAUCAAUCCAAUUCCUCGGUGGAAAAAGCUGGACUUCUGGGUUCAAUGCCUAUGCGUUUGCUGGCUACUGAUGAAAAAUGUCGACUUCGUGGUUCCACAUUGCUGGAAGCUAUAAAAAAGGACGAGGCAGCUGGUUUAAUUCCCUGUUAUGUAGUAGCUACUUUAGGAACUACUGGGACCUGUGCUUUCGAUGAUUUGCAAGAACUCGGUCCAAUUUGCAAUAACAAUCACUUGUGGCUUCACGUAGACGCCGCUUAUGCAGGAGCGGCUUUCAUUUGUCCGGAGUUUCGAUACCUGAUGGCCGGCGUGGAAUAUGCAGAUUCUUUCAAUUUUAAUCCACAUAAAUGGUUACUCGUCAAUUUCGAUUGUUCUGCUAUGUGGGUAAAGGAUGCCAGCAAUCUCAUCAAAGCAUUCAACGUGGACAGAAUAUAUCUCUCGCAUCCGAAAGAAGGAUUAGCUCCAGACUAUAGGCAUUGGCAGAUUCCUUUGGGUCGACGGUUCCGGUCCUUGAAACUUUGGUUUGUCUUACGUAUUUAUGGUAUCGAAGGUCUUCAACAACACAUCCGCCACACAAUUGAACUUGCGAAGCGAUUUGCAAAUUUAGUCAAAUCCAACGAGAAAUUCGAGAUCGUCUCCGAAACCGUCAUGGGUUUAAUUUGUUUCAGGAUGAAGGGGGAUGACAGUCUUACCAAAGAGUUGCUUGACCGAAUUAUGACAAGGAAAAAUAUUUACAUCGUUCCAGCUACUUUCCAGGAUAAGUUAAUGCUGCGGUUCCUUGUUGGAAGUCGAAUGUGCCAGGAAGAAGACAUCGACUAUGCGUGGAAUGAAAUCUGCGGACAAGCUUCGGAAAUUUUAGAAUCGAGAGCCUCGAUUUUUUCUCAAAACGAGAAGCUAGGAAAUGCGAAGGAACAAUCGGGGGAGAUUGUGGCAAGAUUAAAGAAAUUGAAUAUUGGAAAGAAGGAGAUGUCACAAAAGAUUUCGUAAAUCCUAAAAUGUACAGAUUAGCAAUUAAAAAACCGAGGAUUCUUAGCUUGAUACGUGAAGGAAAAAAACAUCCCGAUUUGUAAUAACGAUUUGUUUAAUGUCGUGACCAGUGAAUAUUAAAAGCAAACGAAGUAAUUACUGGUAGGCAUUGUAUUGUAAUUGUUAAAAAAAAAAAAGUGGAAGUAUCGGUAUAAUAGCUUUUAACAUUAGAUUCUGAAAUAUUUCUACAGUUUGAUUUGUUAUUGUAGAAUUAUUUCCUCAGAGGUUGAGUUGAGAAUUUUUAACAGAUGGUUAUUAAACUAUAAUAUAAGUUAUACCUGUAUAGUUAGAUGUAGGAUUAGUCUUAUUUAGAAAAAGUACAAGUAGCUGUUAAAACAUCAUUACUUUUAAACCUUUUAUCACGUCUUUCACUGUCAAUGUGGGUUCCAGAGAUAUUUGGCAUGAUCUUAAGGAAAGUAAAUUUCAUGAGAAUUUUGUAGUAAUUACAAACCGCCCCUAUUUUACUAAGUUUUCAUCAACCAUGUCAAUAAGUGACAAAGAGCAAAAGCAUGCAAUAUAUUGCGUAUUCAUACAACCAUCUACUAUUACAUUUUAACAAAGAAUAAAUAAAAAUCGUUUUUUUUAUAAACUUAUUAAGCCAAUUUUAUAGCUAGCGUAAUGCAUUAAUAUU